AUGCAAGCAACAGAUAUGUUGAGAACGGUGGUCUCGAAAAUUCUUCUUGUGAUUGUAGGAGUUUUAGCAGUAAACGGCAACCUUGUAGAUGACCUCAGACAGUGCCCUACUUUCUUGCCGAGGACACAAUUGGUGAAGUCGUACAGCGACGUGUGCCUCUACCUCAUUACGGGAAAAUAUUCCUGGAACGGUGCCAACUCCAACUGCCACCGCCAUGGAGGUCAUCUGGUGCAGAUUAAGGACCAAGACAAACAGGACUUCCUCUACAACACACUGAAGUCCAUGCACUGGGGAGACUGGGGUGUGUGGAUAGGGGCAACUGACCAUGACAGUGAGGGAACAUGGAAGUGGACAGAUGGUACCAAACUGUCCUACGGUCACUGGCAUCCAGGUGAGGGACCGACUCACGGAUUCCUCUUCUCUAAGGCAGUGUACGAGGACUGCGCCCUACUACGACUAAAUGACAAUGGAAGAUGGCACGACUAUGAUUGUGGAACUGCUCUGUAUCAUCACACAUCCAUUUGCGAAUACCAAAAGUUGGCGACCACAACAGCACCUAUGCCUACAACAGGAACGACUAUACCUACCACCAAAACAACUAUGCCAACAACCAUGGCAACCAUGCCAACUACAACAAAAACUAUGCCAACUACCACAACAACCAUGCCGACUACAACUACCAUGCCGACCACAACAACCACCAUGCCAACUACCACAACAACAACCAUGCCAACUACCACAACAACAACUAUGCCGACCACAACAACCACCUUGCCAACUACCACAACAACCAUGCCAACCACAACAACAACCAUGCCAACUACCACAACAACAACCAUUCCAACUACCACAACAACA